UCCAUAUCACCGAUUAUUAAAUCAAACAACAUUGCGAUAUUGAAAGCGUUUGAUAGCAUUAAAGAUUUUAACGAGUUUUCUUUUGUUCGUAUAGAACGCUUAUUGCUACUUAGUUAAUAAUUUAUGGUAUCACAAGUUUAGUUACUAUGCCAAGAGUGUUACUCUAUUUUUUAUCAAUAUUUGCCAUCAGUAUUAUCAUAAUACCUGUGACAAGUUUAUAUUUUGAGAAUAGUGUAAAUAGAAAUUACUUUCAAAGUACCCGCCGUAUGCUGUUCAACAUUAGCACUGAUAUGAUGGGAUUUAGAAACGACAAAAAUUGGUUUGUAGCUGUAAAAAAAAAAUUGGAGAACGCUACAAAAGAAAUUGUCGAGUUACCUAUACAUAUGUUCAUGAAGAAAAAAGUGUCAGCUCCGAACACAUUUUUCUAUAAAAAUCAGCUCGAUGAAACACUUCAUUCAUUUUUCAUUUAUACUGACCGAAUCAGAGGAAUGUAUCAACAUUACAAAGAAUAUUCGGAAUUUGGAUUAGUCGACAAAACUUAUCAUGAAACUGUGAUGAAAGAAUUUAUAAAUGUUGUUGUUUCUCAUCGGGCAGGCGGUCUUACUGAUACUAUGGAACAAAUUUACAGAUUAUUCGUACCAUCCCAGAUUAAUCCUCAUACGUAUAAGCCCAUUCGUCUUGGACUUUUCGACCUUUUAGUUCUGCGACAAAAGAGCAGUCAUCCUACGGAACUUUGUCAUAUUGAAGAUUCAUUUUUCCACCAAAUAAAUGAGAUUUACGCUAUUCUUUGCCACGUUGAAAUUUUAACUUACAUAAUGUUCAUUUUUUCUUAUGUUUUACUAGCAGAGGAAUAUGAAGAUCUUAGAUAA